AUGUCCACCUUCAUUCCUUGUCUUUCCUUUUCUUUCUUUCAAUCCUUUCUUUUCUCUUUUCUUUUUUCUACUUUCUGUUUUCUUUUUUGUUUUUAUUUUUUCGUCUCUUCUCCAUUUCUUUCUUUCUUUUUUCUUUUUUUUUUUCUUUUUUCUUACACUUUCUUUCUUUCUUUCUUUCUUUUCUGUCUGUUUUUCUUUCUUUCUUCCUUUUCUUUUUUUACCUUUUUCUUUCUUUUUUCUUCCUUUUUCUUUUCUUUUUUUUCUUUCUUUCUUUCGUUUUCUUUUAGGUUUUUCUUUCUUUUUUCUUUCUUUUCUUUCUUUCUUUCUUUUCUUUUAGGUUUUUCUUUCUUUUUCUUUCUUUGUUUUCCCACACUCUUUCUUUGUUUGCUGUUUUAUUUAUUUCUUACAUUUUGGGUCUUUCUUUUUCUUUCUUUCUUUCUUUCUUUCUUUCUUUCUUUCUUUCUUUCUUUCUUUCUUUCCUUUUACAAAACAAUCGAAUGUCUUCUCGCAUUUCUCAUUUAUCUUUCUUUUAUUAUAACGUUUUUCUUUCUUUGCUUUCCUCCCCUCUGUGUUUGUUUGUUUUUUUGUUUCUUUCUUUCUUUCUUUCUUUCUUUCUUUCUUUCUUUCUUUCUUUCUUUCUUUCUUUCUUCCCUUCUUUCUUUCUCCUUUAUUCCUUUCUUUCUUGCUUCAAUUCAUUUUUCUUUCUUCAAUACUUUCUUCUUAUUUUCUUCAAUUUCUCUUUCAUUUAAUAGAUUCUCACUGGCUUUCGUUCCAAUUCUACAAAAUCUUUCUUUCUUUCCUUUUUUUUUCUUUCUUUCUUUCAUUUUUUUUCUUUCUUUCUUUCUUUCUUUCUUUCUUUCUUUCUUUCUUUCUUUCUUUCAUAUCAUUAUUUCUUUAUUUAUUUCUUACUUUCUUUUUUCUUUUUCUUUUUUCUUUCUUUUUCUUUUUUUCUUUCUUUCUUUCUUUUUUCUUCUUUCUUUCUUUUUUCUUCUUUCUUUAUUUCCUCGGCACUGGACGCCGUCUUCUUUUACAAACCCGACCAAAAUCGAUAAAAAGAAUCACCUCACAAUUCUUUACCUGCACCGAGUAGCGGUCCGAACAUCUCUACCCAGCUGA